AUGGGUAAUUCUGGUGGAGGAGGAAGUUGAUCCAUGUCCUCAAUUGUUUUGUGCACAUCUUCGAAGAUAAUGGCCGGUUUCCCAGUGGUUCCAUUUGCACUGAGUGCCGCGCUGCCAUUGAGUUCCCUAAUGGGCUCGCCCGACGUUUGGGCGAUGUUCUUUGCUUCCGUCGUUCCCGCAACAGUCUCCUUCGGCCUCUGUUGUUGUUCAGUCUCCUUCGGCCUCUGUUGUUGUUCAUCGCUCACUUCCGCUCCGCUCCUAUUUGCCACAUCCGCAGGCUUUUUCUCUUCCUCUUUGAAGUGCACACGAUUCUCAGCAGCUUGCUCCAGAAUCUCUGGUGUAGUGUGAUCAAUUAGAACUGGCUCAUCAGCAGCUGCAGCUGCUGUAGUGGCAUUUUCUACAAUCCUCUCAGCUGAGGGACUUCGCGACGGAGUGAACACUUCAACUGGUAUAGGAACCGCUUCCGCUUUCGGCUCUAAUUUCAAACCUCCAGCGCUCGGCAAUCCGUCCUUCGUGGCGUCCGCUCCAGCGCUCAGCAAUCCGUCCUUCGUGGCACCCGCAGGUGCAGAGACGGCUGAUGGUUGCUCAUUGGGAACUCCCAUUUUGAUUUCAUCUUUCUGUGUCUCUACUCUUUUUUCAGAUGGGUCCUUAUACACUAUGCUAAUCACUGCUGGCUCUGCACUGGGUUCCUCCAACUUCGGCGGCGAUUUGGUGGGUUCCUCUUGCUUCUGUUGA